AUGAAGUCUCUUCAAAUACUCUACACAGUCCUUUGCUUUUCAGUAUAUACAGCGGCUGGUCCGCUACCCCGAUCACAGGCUCGUGCUGUAACCAAUUCAUCAGUAGCCACACUAGCUCCUAGUGCGGCGCCUGCACUUACUUCAGUGAUUGACAAGUUUACUGGCUCAUCGGAAACACUCUCAUCAGGAACGGUCGUAGCUUCUUCUGUCGGGAGCAGUUCUCUAGCUGCAACUACGUCGACCGGCUCAGCCUUCCAAACCAGCGCCGAUGCCGCUUCAAGCAGCCGAUCAUUGGUUCUUAGUAGCUCGUCGAGUUCUCAAUCAGCAAGUUCAAGUUUUGUUCCUGUUACUCCGUCGGUUCAGCCAAGCACAGUCUCGUCGGCAACAUCUUCCACAUUGCAAAGUACUGCCAGCGUAUCAAGUUUGAGCUCAGCAUCUUCGAGCGCGAGUUCAGCCAGUACUUCAUCGCUAGCAUCUGCCACAACUGCGAACAUUCUAGAAACACCAUCAGCAAUUCCUGAAUUCAACAACCCAAACACCUUGGUUACGGUUUCCAGCGAGACUUUCACGGCGCCUCCUACGACAGUACAACCUCCUUCGACAUCGCCGCCAGCACCACCAGUAACGACAGCAUCGAGCGAGGCACCUGCAAAGCCAGUUGUACCUACAUCUGCCUCAAGUGAUGUGCCUGCAGCUCCUGCGAGUACUUCAGUGUCCAGCUCAAGCUCUGUCCAAAGAUUCACACUCACUAAUACGGAUAUCAUUCCGCCACCCACAAACGCGCCAGUGCCAGUUACCACUACAACUGCUAGUCAGUCAGCAAGCCCAGAGCCUGCAAAGUCCUCCGCUACAGUAAUUAUUACGUUCCCAAGCGAGUCCAAGUCAGCGACACCUGAACCUACCCAGUCUUCCAGCGUGCUAGUCACGAAAACAUCCGAAAGUCCAAGUGCACUUCCAACUGUCCUACCCCCUCCCACCUCAUCCAUAAUCCUGACCCCUGAGGAAAAGGAGAAGAACCGAGUCGAAGCCCAAAAGUGGAACGAGGAGUUUGCCAAGAUAACCUCUGAAACUCCUUGCAAAGAGGGUCAAAUUGCUUGCUCCAAAGGCAAGGUUGCAACAUGUCUUCCAGCAACUGGGAGAUUUGAAUUCAAGAAUUGCGAAACCUCUGGAGAGCAAUGUUUUGCAGUUCCAAUGGACAACGCCAAUGGUGUCUUUGUUGGCUGUAGGACCCCUGAGGUUGCAUCUAGCCUGCUUUCACCUGCCGCAACAACCACGCCUCCUCCAGCACCAACGUCAGUGGCUCCUACCGAGCCUUCGUUUGUCAGUGAGACCACUUUGCUUCUUACUUUAACGGCAUCUGCUUCAAAGUCUGUCGAACCACCAAAGACGACAGAGAGUGUUGAACCAAAGCCAACUCCCGUCGAGCCUACCGAGCAAACGACAACAUCAGUCGAUGAGCCAACGACCACCGUCACUUUCGCAACGAGCGUUACACUUCCAACCACUCGAUCUUCAACAGAGCCAACCGCAACUCCAAAAGUCCCAGAGCCAAAGCCCACCGCCUCGUCUGCUGAACCAGCUGCUCCCGUCACCCCAACCCCAGCCCCAACAACCGUAACUGAAGUCGCUCCCGCACCACCAGCAGUAACAGCUUCAGUCACCGUGACCAAGUCUGCCGAAGCACCACCAGCAAUAACAGCUUCAGUCACCGUAACCCAAGCCGCCCCCGACGCCCUCACCAAGACCGUCACCGAGACGCUCCCGCGUGAAACAGUCAAAGAAACCAUCACCAUUACGGCUCCAAAGGAAACAGUCACGGCGACCGUCACAGGCCCCAAGGAAACGAUAACGGCUACCACAACGCUCACAACUUCGGCCGGUCUACAGGUCAUCCCCAUUCCCGAGACCCCGCCACCGGCACCGAAACCGACGACUUUUGGACCGCCGACUUUUACGCUCGUGACCUUGUCUUAA